AUGGCUGCAAGUAAUUCAUUAGAAACAAACAAAGAAGCAAAUUGGAUUAAUCGAUUAUUUUCAUCCGUAAAAGAAACAGCACAACGAUCUUCAGCUUCAACAAAUCGUUUAACUUCAAUAACAAAUCCUAGUUUCGAAUCAAUUGGUGAUAUAUUAAGAAUAAGACGAACACCAGAACAUCAUCCAAGACCACAACCAACUAGUAUUGAUGACUCAUUAGUUGAAAUCGCAGUUAAUGCUGGAUCGGAUACUUCAUCUUUAGCAGAUAAAUCAAAAGGAACAAUUGAUUUUUUUCAUACACCAUCUAGUACUAUGACUGCAUCCCCAGGAAGUCAUUAUGCUGAUUGGUCUUCAAUCGAUUGGUUAAGUGAUCAAGCACGAGAUCGUUUACGACAUCAAAUUAUAACUGAACAACGAAAAGAUUCUUUAUGGAAACGUUUUGUUGCUUUUCAUGAUGCUUUUUCUGGAUGGCUUUGUGUACUUCUAAUUGCUAUUAAUAUUGGUAUUAUUGCAGCUAUGGUUGAUAUUGGUGCUGUAUGGUUAACAAAUAUAAAAAUUGGAGUUUGCCUACCAGCUUUUUAUCUAUCACAAGAACACUGUUGUUGGACAGCAUCAAAUCAAACGUAUGAUGAUUAUCAACAUGUUCAUUGUGCAAAUUGGCAUGAAUGGUCAAAUCUUUUCCAUAUUACUAACAAUGCUGCAGCAAAAUAUGCUGUGAAUUAUAUUGCAUAUGUAUUUUUUGGUUGUUGUUUUGCGGCAACAUGUGCUAUACUUGUUAAAACAUUUGCUCCAUACGCAUGUGGUAGUGGUGUACCAGAAGUCAAAACUAUAUUGUCUGGUUUCAUCAUUCGUGGAUAUUUUGGUGCAUGGACACUGUUAAUUAAAAGUAUUGGCAUGGUAUUAGCUACUAGUGCAAAUUUAUUACUUGGAAAAGAGGGUCCAUUUGUUCAUUGCAGUUCUUGUUGUGGUAAUAUUUUUUCUCGACUUUUUCCAAAAUAUGGUCAAAAUGAAGCAAAAAAACGAGAAAUUCUUUCUGCUGCUGCAGCUGCUGGUGUUUCAGUAGCAUUCGGUGCACCAAUUGGUGGAGUUUUAUUUAGUUUAGAAGAAGUAUCCUAUUAUUUUCCAUUAAAAACUCUAUGGCGUUCAUUUUUUUGUGCAAUGGUUGCUUCUUUAAUGGUUAAAGUUUUAUCUCCAUUUGAAAAUCAACAUCUUGGUUUAUUUUAUGUUGGAAAUAAAUAUCGCUGGUUUUAUUUUGAAUUGGUGCCAUUUAUUUUACUUGGUGUUCUUGGUGGUUUAUUUGGAGCUUUAUUUAUUAAAUCAAAUAUUACCUGGUGUAAAAUAAGAAAAACAACACGUUUAGGACGUUAUCCAGUUAUUGAAGUAAUUGUUGUUGCUUUAGUUACACUAAUAGUUUCAUAUCCAAAUCCAUAUACACGUAUGCCAAUGUCAACAUUAAUUCGUCGUCUUAUUACAUCAUGUGAACCGGAUGAUGAAAGUUUAUUAUGUGAUUAUCAACGAAAUAGUACAUCAGCUUAUGAAAAAAAUGAGGAUGCAAAACCAUUGAGAGGUGUCUGGACAUCAAUCGGUUUACUUUGUUCAGCAUUAGUCACUCAAACAAUUCUAUUUAUUUUUACAUUUGGUAUUAAAGUUCCUUGUGGUCUAUUUAUUCCUUCAAUGACGCUUGGUGCUAUAACAGGUCGAAUUGUUGGUAUUCUAUUUGAAGCAUUGGUCUAUUAUUGGCCAGAUUUUUUUUUAUUUUCUAUUGAAUGCAGUACAGCAGAUGAACAAUGUAUUGCACCUGGUUUUUAUGCAGUUGUUGGUGCAUGUGCUUUUCUUGGUGGUGUUACACGAAUGACAGUAUCACUUGUUGUUAUUAUGGUUGAAUUAACAGGUGGUCUUUCAUAUUCUGUUCCAUUAAUGUGUGCAGCAUUAGUAGCAAAACUUGUUGGUGAUGCUUUAGUUGGUGAAGGCAUAUAUGAUGCACAUAUUAAAUUAAAUAAUUAUCCAUAUCUUGAUGUUAAAGCUGAAUUUAUUGAUCAAACAACAGCUGUUGAUGUACUUGAAUGUAAACAAGAAAAGAAUGAAUUAAUUAUGUUACCACGUGAUGGUUUAACAUUAAAUGAAUUAUCAACAAUUUUACGUACACAUAAAUAUAAUGGUUAUCCUGUUAUUGCUAGUCAAGACGAAACAUCAAUUAUUGGUUUUGUUUUACGUCGUGAUCUUCAAUUAAUUCUUCAACAACGAAUAUUAACAAAUGUUGAUUCAAAUAUGAAUACAUUGAUAUCAUUUUCACGUACAAUACAACAACAAUCGAAUGUAAUACAUCUUUAUCGUUUAUUAAAUCGUUCACCAACAACAAUAACAUUAGAUACACCAACAACAACAAUUAUAGAUUUAUGUAGGAAACUUGGUGCACAAACUAUAUUAAUAACCAAUGAUAAAGGAUAUUUAGUUGGUCUUUUGACCAAAAAAGAUAUUAUAACUUAUGUUAAACAAAAAAAAACUUGA